AUGUCUUCUUGUUUUUGUUCUUUAUACGCCUUCAUCAUAUAUAAGUUAAUAACUUCGAACUUCUUUUUUAACAAAGAGUCUUUAGAUUUAGAUCCUAAUAGUUUAAGUAUCUCGAUCAAAAGAUAUAUUAAAAAAAUAGAAAAAAGAAAAAAAAAAAUUUGUAAAAAAACCAACCUACUUAAACUUUCUCGUUCGAAUGCAUGUAAAAUUUUAAAUGUCAGAACAGCUAUUUUUUUUUCCUUGAUCGUUUAUAUUUAUUAUCAUGCUACCUUAUUGUUUAUAUCUAAGCAUAGUACAGAGCACUUGCGCAGCAACGAUGAACCUAUGGCAAAGAAGUCAAACACAUUGUGUUUGUUAGGUUCAUUGCUAUUAAGCAUCUACCCAAUUUUUUGGUUUAUAAUUGAUCAAAACUUGAUAGAUCAGCCGCAUCUUUUUGGAAUCGUAACAGGUUUUAAAAGCCCACUUGAUUGUAUUAAAUAUAUCUAG